AUGAGUGAGGAAGAGCAGAGUAACGGCUCGCUGUCGGUCAGGAAACUGCCCCGCAUGCCCAAGUGCUCCCGCUGCAGAAACCACGGCUUUGUGUCUCCGCUAAAAGGCCACAAACGCUUCUGCAACUGGAAGGAUUGUCAAUGUCAAAAAUGCAAACUGAUCGCCGAGCGACAGCGGGUCAUGGCAGCCCAGGUGGCUUUACGGAGGCAGCAGGCUCAAGAGGAAGAGCUGGGCAUUUGCAGUCCAGUGAAUCUGUCCGGUUCCGACACUCUGGUGAAGAACGAGCCCGCAGGUGAUUAUGUGUUUACUGUUGGAUCAAGAGCUCCAUCACCCACCACUAGCAGUGCUGCCACCUCUCCCACUGCCCCAGGGAGUCGUUCCAUGCUGGCGCUAAGCCCUGCAGCGGCCAGUAGAGGGCACAAUGAGGGCACAUCUGACCUGAUGCUGGAUGCCUCCUAUUACAACCUUUACCAGCCCACACGCUACUCGUCUUACUACAGCAACCUGUACAACUACCAGCAAUACCAGAUGCCUAGUGGAGACGGCCGCCUGUCCAGCCAUAAUGUGUCUCCCCAGUACUGCACACACUCUUACUAUCCAUCUUACCUGAGUCAGGGGCUCGGCAUGGCCACAUGUGUCCCUCCGGGCACCUGCACUGAUCCCAAAGCAGCAGCUUUCUCUGAUGGAGUGCAAGACUCCAGUUUGGCCUCAAUGUCCAUCAGCUCAAUGACUAACACAGAGAACAAGAUGGAGUGUGAGAGCAGCUCAGAGUCUGGAAACUUCUCUGUGGAUUCCAUCAUAGAGGGAGCAACCAAAUAA